CUGCAAUACAUCGAUUCCUUAGCAAGUUUGACUGUGUUACAAAAUCUCGAGAAAGUAUGGCAUCAACACCAAAACGUCUGCGUGCUGGCAUUCUGGGAGCGGGUCUUGUCGCUCAAACCAUUCAUUUACCCAACCUGUCACUUGUCAGCCAUCUCUACGAAGUAACUGCAAUUUGCGACAUCUCACAAAAGAACGUAGACCACUGUGCUUCGAAAUUCCACAUCCCCCUCGCAACCACCAACGCCGAAGAAGUCAUCACAAGCCCAAACGUCGACGUCGUCUUCAUUCUAACAUCCGACGAAUUCCACGAACCUUACACAAUCGCCGCCAUCGAGGCUGGCAAGCAUGUGCUCGUGGAGAAACCCCUCUCCCUCUCCCUCCCAUCCGCGCAAAGAAUCCUCGACGCCCUCCAAAAAGCUUCAUCGAAUGGCAGAGCACCCGUAGUCCUCGUCGGCUACAUGAGACGCUACGCAAAAUCCUUCACGCAAACAUUCAAACGUGAAAUCGCCAGCAUUCCUCGAAUUCUGUACGCCCGAGUCCGAGACUUUCCCGGCCCGAAUCCCAGAUUCGUAGCCGAGAGUGGAACGUUUUUGGCAGUAGAGAAUACAACCGACAUCCCGGCAUCGGCUGGAGAGGAAAGAAACCUUCGUCUUGACGUUCUAUUUCAAGAAGCUUUCCCUCACCACGAAACCAUUACGGAGGAACAAAAGAAAGCUUGUCGUUUUUUCGGAAGUUUGGGUUCUCACGAUAUCAGUCUGAUGCGUGAAGCUAUCGGGUUUCCGGAAAGUGUGGCUGGAGUCGCGUUCCGUGAACCUUUCUAUAACGCCAUCUUCAACUAUCGAAAUCCAACCCCAGGAAGAGAGCCAUUUUCCGUCACGUAUGAAUCUGGAAUCGAUAAUGUCUUCGAUUUCGAUGCGCAUGUGGCUGUCUAUGGAGAAAACAAAAGAGUCUUUAUUCAGUAUGAUUCGCCGUUUGUGAAGGGUUUGCCGGUGAAAGUUACGGUGCAGGAGAAUAAUGAGUUUGGCGAGUUUGAGUCGAGAGAGGUUUUGGGGAGUUAUGUGGAUGCUUUUACGGAAGAGGUGCUGGAGUUUUAUGAGGGUGUUGUGAAUGGGAAAGUGGUGAAGACGACGGUUGAGGAUGCGAUGCAGGAUCUGAGGAUUUAUGAUAUGAUGUAUCAGAAGUGGAGGGAACAGGAGGGUGUUGGGAGGUAGGAAGGAAAAUUCAUUCAAGUCGAGGGGUGAUGUGGAUGUUUCUCGGGAAUUCCUGGUCAGGAGUGCAUCUAUCAUUGUUUAUUGAACCACACCUAUAACUUGCGGUGAUGGCUUUAUCUACUACCAAUCCAUCCCUCUACUCCCUCUCUCACCACCAGCCAAAAUCGCCUGCGCCUUCCCCUCCGCUCCAAGUCCAUUGGUCAAAUGACUAGCCUGUACUCCCUUCCUCCCCUUCUUCGAGCUCAUCAUCAACUUCUUAUCCAGCGCGUCAAACUCACUCUUCAUCUCCGUCUCCUCCUUCCUAAUCUUCCACUUCUCCGUCCCCAGCACACCAUCAAGUUCCUCAACAGGCGGCAGCUUAACAUAAACCAUUCCAUCAUCCCUCGCUUCCACAGGGAACGUCGCAAUAUUCACAGUCUCAUCGUUCCCGCACUUUCCCGCAUCAUCGCCUUUCAUCGAAUAAUUCCUCUUAUGAAGAGGACAAGAAACCCAGAGUUUCUCGUUCUUCACAUCUUCACCGAUCAGCCCAUCGGAGAGCACGAAUGCACGUUUAUGUGGACACAUUUGUUGCGUGGCGUAGUACCGACCCUUGACUUUGAAGAUUGCGAGUUGUGUAUCGCCUCUCUUCACAGCCAAACUACUUCCCGUCGGGGAAUCCGAGAAUUGAUCGGAUCGAGCAAGGGGUUGCCAAGACAAAGAAGUCCAUUGAUGGCCUCUGAAAUCCUCUUUCGCAGACUCUUUAGCCCAGUGCGCGGGACGGGAUUGUCCUCUUUCCGGGACUUGUUCAAUCGAGUCGACGCUUUCCUUCGUAUUCCCGAAUUGUGAGAAUAUUUCCAUCUUCUUGGGAGAUUUCAGGACUUCGGUCCAUUCGCAGAAGAAUGUGUCGACGAGCUCGUUCAUUUGUUUCUCGAGUUCGGCGCAGAUUCCGAGUUUGUCUUGGAGGA